CUCUACUUUAGUCCACCUUCUGGGUCAUUCUCUCCCCUGUUAUCCCCACGACGAUUGAUAAAAAUAAACCUCGUAACACUCCCAAAAAAUUGACAAUCGUAACAGUGAUAAUUAGCCCAAGUGAACAAGCUCCAGAAGUCCCUCCGAUUCAAUUACUUUUGGCCUCAUUCAAGAACAAAGCAACUUCAGGUCAAAAGAUCUGGUAAUCAUGUUUCUGCGCCAUAUACAAUUCCCUCUGCCUCAAUAAGUCAAAAGAAUUCCUGACAUCACCACAUCCUUCUCAGUGAAGUGAAAAAAAAUGGAUGAUCAACAACUGGAGAGUCUUCGAAAGUGGCUCGACACAUUUGAACUUGAUGUGCCCCACAGUUCGCCAAAGGACAUAAGUGAUGGUGUUGCUCUUGCCGAGGCCCUAGCUCAGAUAGCCCCAGAAUGGUUCACAUCUGUCUGGAGAUCAAAAAUAAAGUCAGACGUGGGGACAAACUGGCGACUCAGAGUCAGCAACCUUAAGAAGAUUGUUGAAGCAGUUAUGGAGUACUACUCUGAGUGUCUGAAUCAACCAUUAUCCGGUUACGUGAAGCCAGAUGCCUCGAAGAUCGGUGAACUCUGUGACACUGAUGAACUAAGAAGACUAUUGCAACUGGUGCUGGGUUGUGCUGUCAACUGUACAGAUAAGCAGAAGUACAUUACCAGGAUAAUGGGGAUGGAGGAGUCUGUCCAGCAAGCGAUAAUGCAAAGUAUUCAGGAGCUGGAGGGUAGUAUGCACGGUGCAAAAUUGUCCCUCGGUGCAAGCCUGAACUUUGAAACCCUGGACGUCGCUGAUGGAGGACAGCAGAGGCUCUUGGCUGAGCUCCAGAUGGCAGUUGACCUGAAGGAUCAGCUGGGUCAACGUUGCCACGAAUUGGAUCAGCAACUUUCCCUCCUUCAGGAAGAACGAGCUGCCCUCAUCAUUGAGAAUAAAAAACUCCAGGAGAGACUGGAGGAAUUUGACAAUCCUGAUAAUUCAGCAUCGAGUCUUAAGUUUUCCGGCCUCAGAAAGCAGAUCGAAACCCUUAAGGAUGAGAUAUUCAAGAUUGAGGGAUCUAGGGACGAUUAUCGACUCAAGGUUGAACUGCUUGAGAAGGAGGUCUUCGAGUUGCAAUCAAAACAGGAAGAACUGCAGAAAGUGGCUGAGGAGUCCAAUCAGCUGAAGGAUGAGAUCGAUGCACUCAAAGAGACUGCUGAUAAAGCCACGAAAUACGAGCAGACCAUCGAGUCGUACAAGAAGAAGAUGGAAGACUUGAGUGAUUUGCGUAGGCAAGUUAAGAUUCUUGAAGAGAAGAACCUGGAGUACAUGCAAUCGAAGAUUGAGUACGAGGAGGAGAUGAAGCGAGCAUCGAUGGUGAGGAGUCAUCUGGAGGGUUGCAAGCAACAGUUGGCUGAGUGUCAGUACAAAUUGGAUGAGCAGACGAAUAAAUGUGAUAAAUUGGAGUUCGAAACUAAGAAGCUGGAGGCCAAGUUAUCGUCUGUCGUCCGGGAAAAAGAGAGGCUGAUUAUCGAGAGGGACACGUUGAAGGAGACAAAUGAAGAACUGAAGUGUACACAGCUACAGAUAGCUGAGAAUUCAUCGACCCCUACGAUGGUUCAUGCUGUGUCGAAUGCUGAGUUGAUACCGCCUGAGGUGAAAGAGAAGCUUCUGCUCAUGGAACAUGAGAUCAAAAUGCUUAAACUGGAGCAGUCUGGCAAUGAUGAGAAACUACCAACUGUUCAGGCUUUGCUAGACGACUCUGAAGAGCGGUUGAACACUCUAAGAGGGCAAAAUCGUAAGGCCAACCAGAGGAUAAUGGAGUUGGAGAACAGAAUAGAAGAAUUGACUGAGCAGCAAAGUGGAGAGAUCAAGGUCGAUGGGGCCGCCCUCCAGACUCAAAUUCUCCAUCAGCAGAAUGAAAUUAAACAGCUGCAGGGGGAGAGGGAACGUUUGAUUCUCCAAGUUGAAGAGAAAGAGUCGACGAUGCAGAUGCUGAAGGAGAAGGUUCGUCUUAUUCAGGAGAGUCUCAGCAGAAAAGAAGAGGAGAACGCCGCAUUGGAGGAGAGGUACAAGAAAUACAUUGAGAAGGCGAAAAGUGUUAUCCGAGGUUUGGAUCCCAAGUUGAGUAAUUCCCCCGGAGAAGUUAUGCUGCUGCGAAAUCAAAUUAUCGAGAAGAGGAAGAAUAUCGAUGACUUGGAGAGAUCCAUGAGAGAGGCCAAAGUACUUAGAGAGAUGGAGGAGAAGCUCAUGAUUUCGGCGUUUUAUAAUUUGGGCCUGGCCUGCCAGAGGGAGAGUGUUGAUCAGAGACUUGCAGCACUUGGAACCAGUCAGGGAAACUCGUUUCUCUCUAGGCAACGGCAACCUUCCGCCAGGCGGACCAUUCAUCCCACUUAUAAUUCUAAGUGAAUUUUAGAGAACAUGAGGACAAGAUAGUAUUAUGGAAUCGCGGAUUUUUCCAUUGGGUAUUUUUCAUUUUUGGACAAGAAAAUUUCAGGAGAAACAUGAAAUACGUAUUUUUUAAUUUUGAGAAUUGGUAGGAAAUCAAUGAAUUAUAAAUUAUUCGAAAUAUCUACACUAUGAUGUCAUAAUCCAGAUGUUCCUGCAAGUAGUACAGCAAUAAUUUACUAACAUUCUGGAAUAAUUUGAACUGAAAUAUUAUGCAUUUUGUGUCGGAAUUGUAGUAAAGUAAUUUCGUAAAUUUUUAAAAUAAAAUUAUCGAGGUAAUUUGGAAAAACCUAAUUUUCAAUCAAACAAUUUAGUUCAAUCAUUCACGAGACAAUUUCCAAGAAAAUAAUUGACAAUUCUCGAUAUGCAAAAAAUUUCCAAACCAAGAAUCAUUAUCUUACAAAUUGAUACUAGCGAUAUUCUUGAAUCAAGAAUAUUCCAAGUUAUGAUGAUUAUUCGUCCGUUUGUAUAUAGUCAAAAGGAGAGAUAAUGUAUUUUAAAUGGUUGAAUACCAUAAUAUAUUUUUAGGAAAUUUUUAUUACACAAUUAGUAAAUUUAGAGUUACCAUAUAGUCAUGUUUGUCUUCAUUCUAUCAAUCAUAUGUUGAGGUUAAUCUAAGGUGAUUAUCAGCGAUAGAUUAUGUUAGGUGAUCUGACGUAGACAUUCAAAAGAUUAUACGGCUGCAGAAGCUCAUGCCGGUUGAAGGCUCGAGAAUUGGUGAAAAAAAUACCCUCAAUUGAUUUUAUUAUUCAUUGGAACAAAAAAAAUCUGAACAACACCAAUUUUAUUCUGUAUUUACAAAUAAUUCAUUUGCGUGGGAGCUCAGGAACUGGAAACUGCUAGUUCCAAAAAUGAUUGCUUGUUUUUUUCCACUUUUCUCGUGAAAGCAACUGCGCGUAACGUACAGCUCUGAUCAAUAGUUUUUUGAUAGAUUUUUGAUCUGUUCAGUUCCGCGUGACCACGUUGAUAAUGGAAUAUAGCUAUCAGUAAGUCCCAUAUGCUGGAUUCUGGCCAGAGAACAUUCGCAAAAUGUACGCACGAGUGAGAAAUCUAUUUGGAAAAAAGUAUUAUUAACAAUUUUAUAAAGAGUUCAAUAAAUUUUUCAAGUGGGA